AUUUACACAAUAUUAAAGCAGUCAUUCAAAGCCACGAGUAGUGUAAAACAUUUGUCUCACGUGAAGAUUCAAAAAUCACAUGGACUUUUGCUGUGUAUCUUAAUAGAUACCAGUCCAUUUGUUUAUCAGUUGGCCUCUUUGGGGUUUUUGUGGGGUUUUUUUUCUUUUUAAUAGACUAUUUGCAGGAAUGACACUUGAGGACAUAUACACUCUAUGAAAGAGGCUUCUGGAUUUAAAGUAAAUUCUUCUUUUUUUAUUUUUUUUAUUGUAAAGCAUUGACAUGUAUUUUUCAGUCAGCCAUUCAGGGAUCAAUUUUCUGUAUAUGUUUUGAAUUGAAACCUAAAUCAAACCGAAUGGAGAUAAUAUUUUUUCCGCGCCAAAGAAUUUAAAUCUUUUGUGCAGCUCUGUUUAAGCUCUGUUUAAGAGUUAGAGGCAUUGACUUAAAGUGUAUGACAGCUCGUGAGUCUUUCUGCCUUUUAUCUCUUUAAUUGGUUUUAUUUCAAGUGCUACUUAAGUCAACUCAGACUCUGUGCUUUUUAUUUAUUGAGUCUAUUCAUGCCUGGUGCUUAUGUUGGUUAAAUAAGACUAAGCCAAAGGUAUUACACCGCAUAUGGGCCAGACUUAAACCACCUAAAGAAAACAUACUGUACCUUUGACUAAUAUCCUCUGAGGUACACUAAUCGAAAUCUUUAUUUGAGUCUGUGACACUUGCGUGCAUUAAUAUUUAAAAAAAAAAAAAACCUCAUAAAUGACGUAUUGUACUGGACAAAGGCAGGACAGCUCUUGCAUAAUGCAGGAAUCUGAGCAUUGGGAAACUGUGACCCCUGAACACACUGUACCCAAGGCGAGCUAGGUGCUAGGUAUAUAGACUUAACAGAGGUAUGCCACUUAGUGGGACGUUACCAUGACAGGACAGAUUAUGAACAGGUAUAUAAAGAGGAGGUGUCGAUGAAUGCAUCUCAUUGGCAGUCAUUGGCGGAGACCCAGGCAGACAGAUCAGCCAGGCUGCAUUAUUGAACGAAACAAUGAAGUUGUUGGUCUUGGCUUUAACCGUCGCCCUGCUGUUUACAGCUGGUGAAGCCCUGAACUGCCACCACUGUGUCCCCAAAAAGGCCGGAGGAACCUGUGAGCUCACUGUAGAGACUUGUAAUCCAGAGAAGGAUGGCUGUGCUGCCACCCGGUUCCUCAAAGCACCACAUGGCCAAUACCAGAAAUGCAUGGCUCUUUCCGACUGCGAAAUGCUGAAGAUGAAUGCCUACAUCGAUAUAAAGUGUUGUAGUGAUGACAUGUGCAACACCUUUUAAAAUUCAAUAUAAAAAUCCAAGAACAUUACGAUGAAUUGGAGUACCUGAGAGCAAGGAAUUCAUUCCCCUGCUGCAGGCAGCUUCCCGAUGUGAGCACCUACAAUGAAUUCAAAGCAGCUACUUAAAAAUAUUAAUAAAAUAAACACUUUAAACCCAUUACC